AAACAGGAAGUAUCGGGCUGAAGUGGGUGGAGCAGUAUUGUACUUAGUUACCUGUUGAAUUCAGUCUCGUGCUUCUUUCAAAGUCCACAAAUUGCUGAGGUUGGGUUAACUACUCCAGACUCAGACAAUGAACUAUGUGGGCCAGAUUGCUGAAACUGUGUUUGGCACGGUGAAGGAGCUGUACAGGGGUCUGAAUCCAGCCACCCUCACAGGCUGCAUUGAUGUCAUUGUGGUAAGGCAACCAGAUGGUUCCUUACGUUGUUCACCUUUCCAUGUGCGCUUUGGGAAGCUCCGAGUUCUGCAUUCCAGUGAGAAAGUGGUUGACAUAGAAAUCAAUGGAGAGCCAGUCAAUCUGCAUAUGAAGCUGGGUGACAAUGGGGAAGCCUUUUUUGUUCAGGAGUCAGAAGAACAAAAGGAGAGAAUCCCAAGCUUCUUGUGCACAUCUCCCAUCCCUACUGAGAAAAGCAUCGAUGCUGUGGCCAAAUCUGCCAAGUUAUAUGGGAACUCUGACAGCCUGGGCUCAGAUACAGCUGCUCGUAAGAAAAGACGGCGCAAAAAGAAGCCAAAGAAAAGAGAAUCAUCUGCAGAUUCAACAUCGGAAGAAGAAGGGACUGAGAGUGAGAGAUGUCUGGAGGAGAAGCGAAAAUUGUUGAUUUCCAAUAACACACUGUACUACUCCUUUGGAGAUGUCCAACAACAAGAAGAUGGGACUCUACAACUUCAGGAAGUACAUCCAUACUCUGAUGGAGAGCUAGCUCCCCUGCAGAGCCUUUCUCAAAGUUGUUCAUCUGCUCCAAAAAGCGAUUCUGAAUUGGAGAUCAGAAAUCCUGAACUACCUCUUGGUUCUGAAUCCCAGCUACAAUGGUCCUGGGGAAGACUUCCAGAGAUGAGCAAAUCAGACCGUGUAGAAGCAACCGAACCUGUCUCAAAUGUCUUUGCAACAGCAGCCAAUGACCCAACUACUAUUAUCCCUAUGGACGAGACAACUCACUUUGUGGCUAUUACAGCUGGCUCAGAAAGUGACCUGGGAAUAGCAGACUCUGAUGAUACAGCAUCUUCUCCCAUAAUUAAGCCAACCCCUGUUUUUCCUUCCGGAAAUGGACUUCGGGGAGAUGAAGACGCCUGUCCUUCCAUUUGCAUGGCUAUAGAUCAAGUGGACCCUGAUUGUGGACUUCCAGGAGAUACAGAAGUAAUAGCAGCAAAUGCAGAAGACAACAGAUCAAAUUCUAUCAAGGAGACAGAUGUGCAGACUACAUAUCCAGAUUUGGAAGUGCCUUCUUUGAAAAAACCUUUGUCAAGCAUAGAACCCAGCAGUGAUCCAGAGGUGAACCAGGAGAAGAGAAGGAGUUCCAUAAAGAAAAACCGUCACCUGGGACCUAGUGAUAUUUAUUUAGACGAUCUUUCUAACUUGGAUGCGGAGCAAUUAGCACUUUAUUUCCCCAAGAGGGAUGCUGAACUGAAUUGGCCACGAGCACAAUCUGACCCUGGAAUCUUCUCUCAUCCCCAUGUGCUGGGCGGUGCAACAGGUGACAGCAAUGCAGAUAAUGUGCCAGAACCUAUAGAAAAUAACCCCAUUCUCUUGUCUCUCUGUGGAGGUCUUGGAGACGAUGGAGAAUUAACUCAUGCAGAGAAGUUUAUGAAGCAUAUAGUGUCUUAUCAGGAGUUUGCAGAGAACCCAGCAAUUCUUGAAGACCCAAACCUGGUAAUACAGAUCCAAAAGAAAUACUACAAUUGGGCAGUUGCAGCUCCUAUGAUUCUCUCGCUACAGACAUUCCAAAAGAAUCUUCCCAAAAAUACUGUUGAUAGAUUAAUGAAAGAGAAGAUGCCCAAGAAAGCUGGAAGAUGGUGGUUUUCUUGGAGGCGAAAAGAGCAUGAAAUCAGUGCCAGGAAGUCCAACAAAGAAGGCAAGAAUCAGGACGACACUUCUCUUCAGAGGAGACAAAAUGAUUCCUCCAGUGAUGAAGAUGAUGUAUCCUCUCAUCAAGGAGAUAGAUCCAUACCAGAUGCUAUUGCCCAGAAAUUUCUUCCAACCUACAAGAAGUCCUUAAGACUCUCCUCUGAUGAAAUUAAAAAGCUGAACCUGAGGGAUGGUCCCAAUGAGGUUGUGUUCAGUGUGACUACUCAGUACCAGGGCACAUGUCGUUGUGAAGCUAACAUUUACUUAUGGAACUGGUAUGACAAGGUGGUGAUCUCUGAUAUUGAUGGCACCAUCACCAGGUCUGAUGCUCUAGGGCAUAUCUUGCCACAUCUUGGGAAAGACUGGACUCAUCAAGGCAUCGCUAAGCUCUUUCAUAAAAUCCAUCUCAACGGGUACAAGUUUCUCUAUUGUUCAGCCAGAGCUAUUGGCAUGGCACACAUCACCAAAGGAUAUUUAGAAUGUGUCAAUGACCAAGGUUGGAUGCUCCCCAAAGGACCAAUCCUGCUUGCACCUAGCAGCCUCUACUCGGCAUUUCACAGGGAAGUGAUUGAGAAGAAGCCAGAAGUGUUCAAAAUUGCCUGUCUGACAGAUAUCAAAAAUUUAUUUGGUUCCAAUAGCCAGCCUUUCCAUGCUGCUUUUGGGAACAGACUAACUGACAUCUAUGCCUACAAGGAAGUGGCAUUGCCAGAAUCCCGCAUAUUCACUGUAAACCCCAAAGGGGAAUUGACUCAGGAACUCAUAAAAAUUACCAAGUCCACGUAUGAGCAUCUGAGUGAGGUGGUAGAAUUUCUCUUUCCACCUAUUGGCAAAGAUGUGGUUGCUUCCAUGGCUUCCCCAGACUUCAGCCAAUUCUCUUACUGGAAAUCAACCCUGCCUACUGUAGACUUUGAAGACUUUGUCUGAUUGUUCAGAACCAACAUUAUUUCUCAAAGAAUCUUUAACUUUUGAUCCUCCAAGGUGAUGGAUGGGCAGCAAAAUAAAGCUUGCUGUUUCUGAUCCAUUAUGCAAGGUGCUUAGCCUUUAGAAAAGACAUAUGUUGGUAGUCAGGAGCAUCUCGUGUGGAAGUUCAACCCAAGAUUUAAUUUAUAUGCUGUAUUUUCAAGAAAUGUGUAUUUGUGAUGUCUUUUAAGUGAUUGUACUCUAGUCUUUAUUCUUAGAUUGUAAAUAGGCUUCAUGAUGUUAAUAAGGGCUGAAAGUCUCCACGUCUUCCAUCCCCCAGUGUUUUGUGGUCAACACAACUCAGGGGCUUGAAGAUAAGCAGCUUAUUCUUCUACUCACCAGCACAGUGCUUUAAAACCUACCAAACCACGUUUCACCUAGACGUUAGUAUUCUAAAAGAAAUGAUACCCUUUCCAUAAUGCUUUCAGUUUUCUGCUGCUUUUGUUGAUUACAGUAUUAUCUAAUAUGGGUAGAACAUUCUUUAAACAUUACUUCUAAAUACUGUGACUUUUUAAAAAAAAUAUUCUCUACUGCUGCUCUGAAUUUGAUCCUUGGUUUUACAGAGCCACUUCUGAAUCCUGAACUCUGUCUCUUGAAUGUAGCAACGGGCAUGAAUCCUGUCACUUGCUGCAAUGGGAUAUUUUAAAUCAUGACGAUAAAGAAAAAUGUAGUCUUUGACCGUAUGGUAACUAAUGGCCGCCAAAUGCUUUACUUUAUGAGCUAUGAUAUUUUUUUAUAAUGUCUUUGUUAGAGAUAUAGUCAAAACACCAAAUGUCCAUUGGCACGGGUAGUUCUGAAAAUCAAGAUUAUAUAUUCUUUAUCACAAGAGCACCAAUAAUAAAGAUGGGAAAAGUGCAAUACAAUAAGCAAAAAUCACUCAUUUUGUAAUAUUUGUGCAGAUCCCCCCCCCUCCCCGUAUAGUUUUUUGCUGUGAAUUUAAUGAAAAUUGGAUUCAGGGUUCUACUUCAUACAUGAUUUCCUCCUUCGUUAAAUGUAGAUGGGGGUACAGUGAACAAAAGUGAUAUUUCACUCAUAUCCUAUGAUCCAUCUUUUUGCAACACUCUAUGAAUUUCUUAUGGUCCUCAUUAUACAUACCUUGUUUUCUAUCAAGAGGAGAUGAUUUCUCAUUAUGAAAUGUAUGCUACACAUGUGGGAAUUCCAAACCUCAAACUUUGGCAUCAAUUUAAAGGACCAGGUGACCUAAAGAGUUCUCUUUGUCAUCCCUGUUGCUAUGUGAUAUCCUAAGCAACAAUGACUUCCAGUUCUUAAUCCCAAUACUCUGUAAACAUCAUUUUAAUAUCACAUAUGAUGUGAAUAGGAGAUACAGUACAUACUUAACUUGAAGGAUCCUGUACAUUUGAAAACUUACCAGUAGAUACAGUAUCUUAUUUGAUAACUUAGUCUUUAAUAUGCUAAAUUAGUGUGUAGUAAGAUUCAGAAUCUUAUCAGCACUUAUUGAAUUUGGAUUUGAAUAUUAUUGAAUUUAUCAAUCUGAUUUGCACAAAUAGGCUACGAUUGGCCAGGCGUCUAGUAUACUAAACCAUAAUGUGAUUUGUUUGUUUGUUUGUUUUUGCCUUGCAUUAUAUAUUAAAUGGUUAAUAUAUCAUUGGGCUGAACACAGCUCCAGGAGACUACAGGGGCACACCAUUUAGGUUCCCCCCUCUCAAAUAUAUAUAUAUAUAUAAGUUGCCCUUCUACUUGUGACUCCUAAAGAGCUAAUUCCUACACACAAUAGGUAAUUGUGUGAUUGAGAUUUUGGCUUUGAAGACUGAAAGCUAAAUAAAAGAAUCCUAAGUCAACACUAAUUGCCAUGGUGGAUCUAUGCAGACUGGAGGACCUAAGAUAUCAUUUUCAAAACUGUGAGAGGAUAAUUUUAUAUUGUCCCCAAAACUGAAAGCCGA